AGGACUUUCAAGUCAGCAACAGGCAACAAAGCAAGCGAGCGAGCGAGCGAGCAAGCAAAGGUGCCAUGCUGGAGGUGAAGGUGGGCGCAGGCACGUCCCUAGACACAGUGCGACCAUGCAGCAGCAUCACCGUUGGGGUGAGCGUGAGACAAGAUCAGACAGAAGUAGAAGAAGGCAGGGUGGAACACACGUGGACCCUUCACAAGGACGACGUCCCAUUGAGCAACGUGCCACCGCAUGUAUGCGCUGUGUUGGAAGACGUGUUACUGGACGCGGCGGUUGGAAGUGAAGUCACUGUGGUGGAUGAAAUCGCCGGUGUUCACCUCAAGCUAACAGUGAAGCACGCCGACCAGAAGGGGUUACUGCGAGCCCUAAUGACAGCUGACACGCACGCACACCUUGCAAAGCGAUUCAAGGGUAACGGCGUCAUCCUCUUCAAGAACCAGCAAACAUACUGGGCAGCGCGCAGUUUUUCAAAGUGCAUCCAACACCUUGUCCUUUUCAAGGAGCUGCACCAGCUGCCCCUCGAGGGUGAGCUUGGCCCGCUGUACGACGCCGCGUACUCAAACCUUGCCGAGUGCCAUCUGCGUCUUGGUCGCCCAUUCGUGUACGCCUGCGCCCCCGCCAAGCGCCACGCCUUCCACACCAUGGCAUCCGUCUGCUGUGACAAGGUGUUGGAGGUUGAUGCAGAUGACCCCGUCCACACAAAGGCGCGCUUCCGCAAGGCAAAAGCCGAGCGCAUCAAUGGACAGCCCGACGUCAGCAUCGAACUCCUCACGCGCAUCUUGCAAAAGGAUCCUGGGAACAAGGCUGCACAGCAGGAGCUGCAGCGAGCGGAGGCGGAUAUGGCGAGGCAGCGCAGGCGAGAGGCCGCCAUGUACGCAGGCAUGUUUGCAGCCAAGCCAGACACACCAAAGCACGCAGCAGACAAGCAGGAGGAAGUGGGAGGUGGGCGAGUGGUCGACAGCCGUCCCAGUGCGCGGGAACAAGGCACAGGUGCUGAUGGUGCUGAUGGUGCCGAUGGUGAUGGUGGUGACAAAGAGGGUGAGGUGCAACAUGCAUCGUCGUAACGUGACAAGACGUUGGUUGGCACGUUGUUUGUGUGGUGGUGUCAAAAUUAAACGUGCAAGCAAGAAGCGA